AUGGACGAAGAGGCCAGCGGAGGUCAUGACGGUGGGGUCGACAGCAUCGACGGCGCAGAAGGCGGAGACGACGUGGGAGGCGGUUUGGAGGCAGUGGAGGCUGAGGAUUCGGAGUUGGGCCAGAUUUCCGAUUGUGUUGGCCGGAAUAUGACCCACGAGGACGGCGACGGGAAGGCGGAGAGAGCGAGUCGAGCCGUAGACGACGCCGACCCAGUUGCAGGCCGAGUCGGAGGCGUUCCAGCACUGCAACGAACUCUAGAAUUUGAGGAAGAGUUAGCAGAGAAAUUUGGCGAUAGCACUCAUGGCAGAGAAACAGGAAAUGACAAUGAAGAAACAGGUAGAGGGGGCAACAACAGUCAAACUGUAUCAGAUAUUCGGAAGAAGUAUGAGAAAAAGCUUGCUGCACAUCAAGGAAGUGAGAGUGAAGAGAAAGAUAGACAAAAGGAUUUGGUGCCAGGAGCUGGGUUCAAUUUUCAUGGAAUUGUUUCAUCUUGCUUUGAACCUCACUUGACGGUAUAUGUAGAACUGGAAGAGAGGACUCUUAUGGAGAAUCUGGAGAAACUUGUUCAGGAGGAAACGUGGGAUAUUGAAGAGGGAAAUCAGACAAAUAUUUUGCCCAGUAGCAUGCAGGUCUUUCUGAUUAUCCGGAGAAGCUUGAAGCGAUGCAGUGCAUUGACAAAGAGCCAGACAUUGUUGAAUUUAUUCAAGGUAUUUCAAAGAAUUCUUAAAGCGUAUGCUACAAAGCUUUUUGCAAGAUUGCCUAAAGGAGGCACCGGAAUCGUUGCAGCUGCCACGGGCAUGGAUGGACAAAUAAAGACAUCUGAUAGGGAUGAAAGAGUGAUCUGUUAUAUCAUUAAUACAGCAGAAUAUUGCCAUAAAACGUCCGGUGAAUUGGCUGAAAACGUGUCCAGUAUAAUCAAGCCUCAAUUAGCGGAUGGAGUGGAUAUGUCUGAAGUGCAGAAUGAAUUUUCAGCUGUAAUCACAAAAGCAUUGGUAACAUUAGUGCAUGGUCUGGAGACGAAAUUCGAUGCUGAAAUGGUUGCAAUGACACGGAUUCCAUGGGGUACACUUGAAAGUGUUGGCGAUCAAUCGGAGUAUAUCAACAGCAUAAAUAUGAUCCUUACUAGUAGUAUUCCUGUCCUUGGAAGUCUUCUUUCUCCCAUCUACUUCCAGUUCUUCUUAGAUAAGCUUGCAUCAUCUCUUGGUCCACGCUUCUAUGCCAAUAUUUUCAAGUGCAAGCACAUAUCAGAAACAGGAGCCCAACAAAUGCUGUUGGACACUCAAGCUAUAAAGACAAUUCUUCUAGAUAUUCCCUCCCUUGGAAGACAGACAUCAGGUGCUGCUAGCUACUCAAAAUUUGUAAGCCGUGAGAUGAGUAAAGCUGAAGCUCUCUUAAAGGUUAUUCUAUCCCCUGUUGACUCUGUGGCUGAUACAUAUCGUGCGCUGCUACCUGAAGGAACACCUUUGGAGUUUCAGCGGAUACUGGAGCUUAAGGGCAUGAAGAAAGCUGACCAGCAAAGUAUUCUGGAUGAUUUUAACAAACGUGGGUCGGGGAUUAAUCAACCACCACAUAUGGUUGCCCAAUCAGUUGUUGUCCCGUCUGUACCCACUGCCCCUAUGGCUCCUACCAUGUCAACUCCAGGUUCAGUUGGAGUUAUUGCUUCAAGAGAAGAUGUGCUAACGAGAGCAGCCGCCCUUGGGAGAGGUGCAGCUACAACCGGGUUCAAGAGGUUCCUUGCCCUAACUGAAGCUGCAAAAGACCGCAAGGAUGGGCCUUUCAGGAAGCUCUUUAAUGCAUGAGGAAUGCUUCUGUAUAUUUUACCGAUUUAAUUCAUAUAGUAAGUA